CGGAGGAGGAUGCGUCAUGUUCUUUGUCAGAUGGUCGACAACGUGAUAUUGCGGCUGACCGCUCCUCGUAGACACUCUGAUGCUGGAAGGAGUACUCAUGACUACAUGAAGAGUAGCCGCCGGCUGCUUGAGACCUUGUACCGUGUCAUCAUCAAACCGAUUGUUCGGAGGGCAAAAUUUGGCUCUAGACUGUAUAAAGAGACGGUGGUACUUUCACUCUCUAGACUUCUACUAUUUUUCAAGCGAGUGUACGAGGUGAUUGCUCGGGCGAUACGAUCUCAUUGUAUCUAGAUUCGGAGAAUAUGCAGGGUGGGUUAGCAGGGAUGGCGACAGGGAUGGCAGCGCAGGGCGUGCCUGGUGGAGGCGCCCAUAUGGGCGCGCAAGGCGCUGUGGGAUCCAGCAUGUUCGGAGGCGGGUUCGGUGGACAGGGUGCUAUGCCGCAGAACAACUUGCCAGCAUCCCCGUAUGGGGUUGUGACUUGUCACAUUUGUGGAAAGGUUGGGCACUAUGCGAGGAACUGCUGGCAAGCAGCGAAUAGACAAAAGUCGGAGGAGGAAAAUAUUGAGGUAAGAGAAUUGCUCCUACAGAUUUCCAAGAGAGAAAAGGAGGAGGAGGAUAGAAAGAAGAAAGAAGUGGAAGAGGCGAGGAAGAAGGAGGAGGACGAACGACGGGAGAGUGAGAAGCUACGAGAAGAACAGGCGAGAGAGGCGAAGUUGGAAGCGACGAUUGUUCGCAUCCUACAACAGCGAAAGGAAUCAGGGACGCCACCUGUUCCUCUUAUUGCACCAACUUCUCACGUAGCUUAUGAGCCUAAGAAGCGAUCACCACGCUCUAAGGCUCGUAUGCUGGGUGAUAUUCGCAGUUAUAUUGCCGAAUCAGAGGAUGAUAGUGAGGAGGUCAAAGAAGAAGCAGAAAAGUUAGUUGAGGCGCUAGAAAGGAGGAAGAACUCUAGGAAGGGCGCUAGUACUGUGCGAGCUGCGGUAAGUCGAGCCGGCAAGAAGGGAACACCUCGGAAGGAGAAAGCUCAGGUUCAUGAGGAUCUGGUGAAGGACGACGGCUUUGAGACUCCGAAGAAGAUGUGUGUUGCAGAGUGCUCCGGUGAUGGCAUGAUUGAAUUCGCGCUGACAUAGACCAAGGUGCUGAGUGGUAUGAAAGCUAAUGAAAUAAGAAAGAUAUG